AUUUAUAGGUUUGUGAGGAGAAGAGAGUAUUACAGGAAAGUUGGGAAAGCUUGGAAAAGAGGGUAUUUGCUGUAUGGUCCACCGGGGACGGGGAAAUCAAGCUUGAUCGCAGCCAUGGCUAACUACCUUGAGUUUGACAUAUAUGAUCUUGAUCUGACUGCUGUCCGUACCAACUGUGAACUGAAGAACAUUCUUCUCUCCACUGGGAAUAGAUCUAUACUAGUUGUGGAAGAUAUUGAUUGCAGUGGUACUAUCACUAACCGAAUUGCAAACCAACAAGCCUUAUGUAACCCCCCCAAAAAGUCAAAAAACAGAGAUGCAGUGACUUUGUCAGGACUACUAAAUUUCAUUGACGGGUUGUGGUCGAGCUGCGGGGACGAGAGGAUCAUCAUCUUCACCACAAACCACAAGGAGAGAUUGGACCCGGCGCUUUUGAGGCCGGGUCGGAUGGAUGUGCACAUCCACAUGUCC